AUGCAAAUAGAAGGUAAAAUCAUUCAAGAAUUUCAGAUUUGUAUUUCUUCAUUGAGAGAAAGUUAUUUAUUAGAACAAAUUAAAGACAACAUCUCUGAAGGUAUUCAACUAUUUUACUUAGUAUACCACAAAUCACCUCAAAUGAAAUGUAAGUCAAUAACAUUACUAAACACUUUCAGUAAUUUGUUAUGGCAAAAGUCAUCUGGUAUUAUUAUAGAUGGUGUUGACAUUGAGUUAAAUAUAUUUGAUAAUAUACAACUUCUUGAAUGCCAAAGGUGGUGUUUUGCAACACUAAAACUUAUAUUAUUAAAUCCAAAUAAAAAAGUGUUUUCAUUUUAUAUCAUUUUUAUUUCUCUCUUCCAAUUUCAAUUGCUCAAUGAUUAUGACCAGGAAGAUCUUCAGUCUUAUUUCUCUAAUUUCUUUUUAGAGAAAACUACUGGAGCAAUACCAAGUAAUAGGACAGACAGUUCAGUUGAAGAUUUUUAA